ACAAAAAUCAAGCUUUCGAUCUUGAGCAGAAUUUCAUUGUGUAAAGGCAACUCCACCCAUUCUGCCAUUUUAUCCAGAUAAUUAGUGAAACAAAAGUUCUAUAACGUCACUGGCUCAUGUUUGAAGGUGGAAAAUGUCCACAACUAACCACUAAUACUAUCAACAAUGUAAAAUGGGGAAAAACUAUUAAACGGGAAAAUCUUUAACACAAGUAUGCUUUUAGGAAAGUUAACUUUGGUUAACGCUUCAGUAUCAGAGCUCGACUGAUACUGAAUUUUUUGAAGUCGAUAAUGAUAAUAUUUGAGACUUAAAAAUAUUAUAAUGGAACAGAGCCCUGACUUUUGGAUGAACUGGAACACAUAUCAGUGGCCGAUCUCACUAAUCUCUUGUGAAAGAAUGGGAGGAAAUAGCCUCCACAGAAGAAUAGAGGCUUAUUAUGCCUCUAUUCUGUUCUAUUAAUUUGCUAUUAAUGUAACUUUAAAAACUGACCACCGUUGACCCACACUGGCUUUAGGUGGCUCGUUCUGCCUGGUCAUGGCCACCACCGCCUCCGCUAAACCCUUCAGUCCAGAAGAGACUCGGAGGAUUCUGCAUCAUCUGCAGCAGCCAGCAGUCUUCUUGAACAUGACCUGUGGCUGGCCUGUUCUCCACUGGACUGCAGAGCACCUGUCUGGCUGCCUUGGUAACAGACUUGUGCGAUUCAGACUUGGGAGAAAAGAGGAGACUAACGCACCUCUGUUUGAAACCCAGUGCUCCUAUGUGGAAGCCAAGCUGGCUCAGUUUCUCAGCUGGACCCGGGGUCAGGCUGGGACUGAUGUAGGGCCUUUCUGUGACUAUCCCUACUCAGAGUAUUGGGCCUAUGCUGACUAUAAGUACAUCGCCAUGCUGUUUCAAGAUCAGCCUUCCAUGUUUGAGGAUGUAAAGUGGUCUGAGUUUGGUUUUGAGGGACGUAACGGGAGAGAGAGCACCCUAUGGAUCGGCACAAUGGGGGCCAACACUCCAUGCCAUCUGGACUCCUACGGCUGUAACCUGGUACUGCAGGUGCAAGGACGGAAGCGCUGGCACCUGUUUCCUCCAGAGGACACUUCUAAACUCUACCCUACCAGGAUCCCCUAUGAGGAGUCCAGUGUCUUCAGCCAGGUGGACGUUCUCCAUCCAGACCUGAGGAGGUUCCCUGCUUUUCAGAGAGCCAGAGCCCACACGGUCACUCUGCAGCCAGGACAGGUGCUUUAUGUCCCCAGACACUGGUGGCACUAUGUGGAGUCGGUGGAUCCCGUCACCGUCAGCGUUAACUCCUGGAUUGAGCUGGAAGGGGAUGACGUGGCAAGAAUUAGUGAAGCUGUGACCAAGGCUGUUGUCUGCGCCCUUAAAAGCACACCGAGUGAUGACAACACCGACGAAUGGCUCAACCCCACUGAGGAAGGAGUAGCAUCCCAUAAUGAGAACAUGCAGUACGUGAACCUGGCAGUGAGGGCCUGCGCUCAAAGACAGAGGAGUGUCUGUCACAGCAAACUGACCCAGCAUCCGAAAGACUCUCGUCCAGUCAAGCGGGACUCCAGUGGACAAGUCAGGAGCAACAACGACCCUGUUAAGGACUCUCAUCUAAUAUAUGUGCGCUGUCAGCAAGAAGACUCAUCAGAAACAAGGGCAGUGACCCCAAAAGAUCUGGAGGUUAAAUCCUUCAGAAACUGUGUGGGCCAAACUCAAGAGGACUGUACUGCAGCUCCAAGAACAGAACCUGCAUCUGCUGUCAGACUCCACCAGGGAGAACAUGAAUAUAGCCCUGGUUUAACUCAUUGUAGACCAUGUGACUGUGGUGAUGGGAACUCAGAGCACCGACAAUCAGAGGACUGUUGGGAAUCAAGACAUACAACAAUAACUACUAAUGACCUGCUUGACUGCCUGGUGCAUCCUGAUAUCAUCACCCGUGUCACUGAACUUUUAUUGGAAAGGCACAGAGGAAGUCACAGGACCACCACAUCACUCCAGCUUUAAUAUACGCAGGCCAGAAACAAUAUCUAAUAAACCCCCAAAAAAGCUCCUCAUUGACUAGUAAUGGCACAAUCUGAAAAUGUCAGGAUAAGCCUGUCUUAGCUUCUCUCCUCCGGGUGUCUCGCUGGAGUUCGCUAUAAUUUAGAGCUGUGGAAAAAACCAUCCUCCUCGCUACCGCUAAUGCUCUGGUGUCAGUAAAAAGUGAGAGAGGAAAGAUAAAGAUUAAUGCAGCAUUUCACCCUACUUUUCUUUCUCCUCUCAUCUGUCAAGGUCUUCCGGAGAUUAACCCCAAAUGCGAGAAGUCACAACCAAAACCAAUCUUAAUGCAAUGAGUGACGCCAUCGAGUGGCUCUAACAUUUCCUUAUUUUGUUAUCCUGAACAUACUAAUCCUAUUUGGUUCUCCCACAACAAGAAAAAUGACCGCUUAAAUUAAUUUUGUAUGCUAAUGCGCCAAAUGAUUCAAGAUGAUAUUCCUGGGAUGUGAACAUUUAUUUUCAGCAUAAUGUUUCCCUGUCAUUUAGUGAUGUGAAUUGUCAUUGAACAGGCACCGAGGGCUGAUAGUAAUGGUUUGGUGAUUGAUGACAGCUGUGUAAGGACCGAUGAGUGAAAUGGGUCUGUUUGAAUAUAGUCUGCUGCCACAAGUAACACAUCUAUGAGAGAAGGGAAGGGCACUCGUGUACAAGAAUAAUAAAUGUAAUCUUUCCACUAAGAA